CUGGGCAACUGGACUUCGAUCCCUAUAAGGGUCCGUGGAAGCAGGUAACAAUGCUCCACCCAACGCCUGUCCUCGCUCCCACUGCGUGGUUAUCGAAAGCAUGGCUCCUACCGUUUACUCAUGGCGAAGCCAUUGGCGACUGUUCCUGGCCAUUGGAGUCAUGAUUCUGUCGCCUUUUCAGUACGGAAUCGACUUUGGAAUGAUUGGUGGCCUUCAGGCCAUGGUGCCUUUCCUCAAGAUAUACGGUUACCAAUGUCCACGAGCGAAGUGCCCAACAGGAUGGAAUAUCCAGACUGAACGACAGCAACUUAUCUCGUCUCUUAUGACCUUGGGUGCUUUCAUCAGCUCUGCUUGUGCCGGUUUAGCAGCCCACAAGCUGGGUCGGCGACAAUGUCUCUGGGUGGCCUGUCUCACCUGCGCUGUCGCGAACAUCAUCAUGAUGACCACUACGUCCAUUGCGCCCCUUUAUGUGGGCCGCCUGAUCAUCGGGUUUGCCAAUGGAUACUUCAUGACGUUUUCCCAACUCUACAUUCAGGAGAGCAGCACGGCAGAGUAUCGUGGUCUGUUCUUGACGGGAUUCCAAUUCUUCACUGCAUUUGGUACCUUGAUUGGCACUAUCGUCGACUGGGCCACAGCCCGAAGGCCAGACAAGUCAGCCUACCUCAUCCCUCUCGGCCUCAUCUAUGCCGUUCCGCUCAUCUUGAGCAUUGCUAUGCUGUUCAUUCCCGAGUCGCCGCGAUGGCUCAUUUUGCAAGGAAGAUAUGAUGAAGGCAAGAAGGCUCUUGCAUGGCUGAGACCCGAAGGUUAUGACGUUGAUGCCGAAGCGAGUGACAUCCACGCUGCCAUCGAACGGGAAAAGGAGACAAGUUCAGGUGUGGGUGUGAUUGACAUGUUCAAGAACCCCGUGGAUAGACGAAGGACUUGCCUUGCUGUGGGUGCCGUGUCUCUCCAGGCUGCCUCCGGUGCUAUGUUCCUCAUUGCGUACAAGCAAUACUUCCUUACGAUGGCGAAGGUCACCAAUCCCUUUGGUAUGAGUAACGUCCUCAGCUGUAUCGGCAUCAUCGCCAUCAUCGCCAACUCUCUUAUCAUCGUGAGGUUCGGCCGUCGUCGCGUGCUCCUCAUGACCGGUCUCCUCGUUUGCGGCUGUCUUCAACUCAUCAUCGCGAGCGUAUAUCACCGCCAACCCGGCACCAAGUCGACAGGUAUGGUCAUCGUCGCCCUCUCAUGUCUCUACAUGUUCAGCUACAACGGCAUGAUUGCGACAUAUGCCUGGCUCGCGGGCGGCGAAAUCCCUACUCAGCGACUCCGCUCGCAUACGUUUGGUCUUGCUGCGGCUGUGGGCUUCGCGGGCGCAUGGCUCACUACAUUCACUGCACCGUACUUCAUCAACCCCGCUUCUAUGGGAUGGGGCGCAAGAUACGGAUAUAUCUGGGCCCCGUCAUGCUGCAUUGCCGCCGCUUGGGUGUUCUUCUUCCUCCCCGAAGUCAAGAACCGAACCCUGGAAGAGAUCGACGAGAUGUUUGAGGCUAGGCUGCCGGCCAGGAAGUUUGCCGCAUACAAGUGUGUUGGCGUCUUGGCUACCGUGGAUGAGAGUGCUCGCAAGAGCAUCGAGCAUGAGAAGGAUAUUGAGGUUGUGAAGAAUGAGAAGGUUAUGGCUGAGACUGUGAUUUCCAAGGAAUAGGCUGAACUAGUAGUAUUCACGGCUCAGUUGGCCGGCGACGGUGCGGGUAAUUGGAGAGAAUUGGAAUGUCGCUGGAGCCAACUUUGG